AUGUUUGCCUGGUUAGUUGGCGCCACUGAAUUUCUCACUUCUCUACCUGUCCAAACCAACGAAGCAAAAGAAGUCUUUACUAGGGUGUUUGUUGGGGGCAUGAAUGUUUCUGUGGUGCUUCCACCGAGUGCCCUUCCCACUGGCGAGUCGUUUAAUCCCUCCAUUUUGGUGGGACAGCGUAGCGUCUGUAGGAACGGCUCGAGCAACGCUCAUGCUGUAUGCACCGUCUUUGACGCUAUUCCUUGCCUGGAUCUUGAGGUCAUCUCUGAACAGGUAGACUGUCUUGAACAGAUUUUACCCUGUGGUGUUCUUUUUUUAGGCGUUAUGCUUUCAGACACCGGCGGAUACUCAACUAUUCAGUUGCGAAGUUUGUUGAAAGAAAAUCCUCGCGUGAAUUUACUCUUCGCAGUGAUAUGGGGAGAUAGCGCGGUGAAGAAAUGCGAGUUGCUUCAACCUGGUGGUAGGGUAGAACUUAAGGUUACAACAGCGGAAAUAACGUUCGUGUCGUUACCCUGUUAUUUGGUGUCUCCACUAGAUAAAUUGCCACUUGUUCUAAGGGCAAGGGGCCGUGCGACGACGAGUUCCCCUAUAGUUGACUUGCGCAGUAGCCGUUUGCUUGCGGAUUGUGACAUUUGGAACCUAUAUAAGGAUAUUUACGCUGUGCAGUUGGGUGCAAAGAGAGACUUGGACGAUGAGCUGAUUUGCGUACAUGUAACAUUCGCCCCACAGCAUACCUGUGGGUUAGAUAUUUACCGUAGCAUCGUUAGUUUUAUUGAUAAAAUUGGUGAGCAACCACAGGUAAGGAUUCUUCGUGUUUGUUCUCUGAGGAAUCCUGCAUUGAUUUACCAAUGGGCAUAUAUUCACACUACUGGCGAUGCGACCGGUCACACUCGGGAGCAGUGGAGACAAGUGAGGGAGUUGAUUGAGGACGGUGCAGGGGAGAGACUAUCAUCGUCUCGAGUUCUUCUAGAGCCUCAUUUCACCUCAACGAAAAUGUCGGUGGAUAAAACUAGCGGUGAGCAACAGCUGCUAGCAGCUGCUGGCCCUGGAAACGUCACUGACGGUGACGGACGGAGGAAUAAGGGUGACUAUUCGCUUCACGUAGCCGUAUUGGUUUUGAUUUCAUGCGCGAUAGGAGUGCUAUCUUGGUUGUUGCAAACCCCUUAA